AUGAAUACCUUUGGGAAUAUCGGUGAAUUUCAAGAUGAAAAGGACAGUGAAGCAUGGCCUCUGUAUGUGGAACGAUUGAAGCAGUUUUUUGAAGCGAACGAUGUAGAGGAUGCUGGUAAGCAGAGAGCUAUUUUAUUAAGUGUUUGUGGUGCUGACACAUAUAAGUUGAUAUCAAGCCUUGUAGCACCAGAAAAACCAGGAGAAAAGACUUUUGAUGAACUAAUAUCGAUUGCUAAGGAUCAUUUCAACCCACUUCCCUCGGUAAUCGUUCAGCGAUAUAAGUUUAACACACGCAUUCAGCAACAAGGAGAGACAACUGCAGAAUUUGUUGCUGAAUUACGCCGUCUCGCACGACACUGUGAGUAUGGGUCUACACUAGAGGAUAUGUUGCGUGAUCGCUUAGUAUGUGGCUUAAAGGAUGAGCGAGUGCAACGAAGGCUGUUAUCAGAGCCCUCCCUUAAAUUCAAGAAAGCGUGGGAAAUUUCACAAGCCAUGGAGCUAGCCAUGAAGAAUGCCAAAGACCUUCAAAGAAACCUCGAGUCUUUGCCCGUAUCAGUGGCCGCUGGACCCCUGCAGCAAGCCAAUAAAGUUGCUAGUAGUACCAGCACCAGGGGGCCUAACCAAACAAGGCCAUAUCCACAACAAGCACAGCCCCACAAACAAGGUACACACUUCACUAAAUGUUAUCGAUGUGGACGCACGGAUCACUCUGCAAUUGAUUGCAGGGUACGUUCGUAUAUUUGUCAUAACUGUGGGAAACAGGGACAUCUAGCCAAAGUUUGUCGGGGUGGUAAAUCGUCUCACACCCCAGUAGCGUCAAAAGUUCACACGGAUAAAGCGUACUGCAUGGAACCUGACUUCGAAAACCCUGUGAAUGCAGAAGCUACAUGUAACUAUACAAUGUAUAAAACCUCGGCACAAAACAAAGAGCCACCGCUUAUCGCAAAUGUACUGAUAAACAAAUGUAAGGUCUCAAUGGAAAUUGACACUGGUGCUUCUGUCUCCAUUAUGAGUGAGACCACUUAUGACUCCAUAUUUAAGCACGAGAAACCUUCACUUCGUACCGGGGAACACGUCGAGUUACGAACUUAUACAGGCCAGAAAAUACCUGUGGUUGGUACGUGUUCAGUUACAGUAGAACACAACGAUCAGAAGACUCAACUCUCACUUCUCAUUGUGUCGGGUAAAGGACCAAAUCUUCUCGGACGAGAUUGGCUGCGCCAUCUUAAGUUAGCGUGGCAAGAAAUUCACCAUGCCAGGCACACUGAUUCGACUGCUGAGAUUAUGAAUCAUUAUGAAGAGUUAUUUCGGGAUGACUUGGGUAAACUAAAAGGACAACCUGUAAAAAUAAAUAUCAAAACAGAUGCAAAGCCCAAGUUCUGUAAGGCGAGAACCGUGCCCUUCUCCAUGAAAAAACAAGUGGAAGAUGAACUCGAUAGGCUCCAAAAGAGUGGUGUCAUUGAACCAGUAACAUUCUCGCGUUGGGCAGCACCCAUUGUUCCAGUUAUUAAAGAAAAUGGGCAGAUCAGAAUCUGUGGAGAUUACAAGGCCACAGUAAAUCAGGCUGCUAAUGUUGACUCAUACCCCCUCCCUCGAGUGGAGGAAUUGUUCGCUGCAAUGUCUGGUGGUCAGACAUUUAGCAAGCUCGAUCUCAGUCAUGCUUACUUGCAACUUGUACUCGAUGAACCUUCGCGUGAACUUGCGACAAUUAACACUCACCGUGGACUGUUCCAGUAUACGAGAAUGCCUUUUGGAAUUUCAGCUGCACCGGCCAUUUUCCAACGGACCAUUGAAAGUUUGUUAGCUGACAUUCCCCAAGCAGUGGCAUUUCUCGAUGAUAUCCUUGUUACAGGUAAAUCUGAAUCAGAGCACAUUGCUAAUCUUGAUCGAGUACUUACCAGACUACAAAGUGCAGGCCUCCGACUGAAACAGGAGAAAUGUAAGUUCUUCGCACCAGAGGUAGUUUACCUCGGACAUCGGAUAAAUGCAACAGGCUUGCAUCCCACAAUGGAGAAGGUGCAAGCGAUAAAGGAUGCGCCAGUCCCCCGUAAUGUAACUGAGUUAAAAUCCUACCUGGGUAUUCUCAACUACUACGCAAAGUUUUUGCCCAACUUGUCGUCGCUCAUAGCCCCUUUGCACUGUUUGUUGAGGAAGGACACCCGCUGGUCAUGGGACACAGCCCAGGAUAAAGCCUUCCGUGAAUCUAAGGAAUUGUUAGUUUCAGCUCAAGUUCUGGUGCAUUACAACCCAGAGAAGGAGUUAGUGCUAUCAUGUGAUGCUAGUCCAUAUGGUGUGGGCGCAGUGCUGGCCAACCGAAUGUCCGAUGGAACAGAACAUCCAAUUGCGUAUGCAUCACGUUCCCUGUCUCCACCAGAGCGUAAUUAUUCACAACUAGACAAGGAAGGAUUAGCAAUGGUCUUUGGAGUAAAAAAGUUCCAUCAGUAUGUGUACGGUAGGAAGUUUGUGAUAUCUACUGAUCAUAAGCCGUUGCUCGGUUUAUUAGGUGAAGGGCGAAUGAUACCCCCCAUGGCAUCAUCCAGAAUUCAGCGGUGGGCACUUACACUUUCCGCUUAUGAUUACCAGUUGGUCUACAAACCAGGGUCAUUAAAUGGUAAUGCCGAUGCACUGAGCAGAUUACCAUUACCCCAUACACCUUCGCAUGUACCAGUUCCAGCGGAUUAUGUCAUGGUCAUGGAUCACAUGGAGUCAACACCAGUCAGCCCAGAGAAAAUUCGCCUCUGGACAGGCCGAGACCCGGUAUUGUCACAGGUGCGAUCAUUUGUGAUGAAUGGUUGGCCAGCAGAAUGUGCAAAUUCAGCAUUGCAGCCAUACAUCUGUCGUAAAACAGAAUUAAGCAUCCAAGACGGCUGCAUAAUGUGGGGGUCACGUGUUGUCAUCCCCCCACAGGGUCGCCAGCGUCUUGUGGAGGAGUUACAUGAAUCGCACCCUGGAGUGUCGCGCAUGAAAUCGUUGGGUCGCAGUUAUGUAUGGUGGCCCUGCAUGGACAAAGACAUUGAGAGUAAAGUCAAACAGUGUUCGCCAUGCCAAACCUCACGUCAAUCACCACCAGUUGCACCACUGCACCCAUGGGAGUGGCCCCAGCGUCCAUGGUCACGCCUUCACGUGGAUUAUGCAGGUCCAUUUAUGGGACGAAUGUUUCUCAUAAUUGUUGAUGCACAUAGCAAGUGGCUAGAUAUACAUGCUAUGCAUAGUGCAACGUCACUGGCUACAGUAGAGAAGCUGCGUCAGACCUUCGCGACACAUGGAUUGCCAGAUAUUAUUGUUUCCGAUAAUGGCAGUAAUUUCACCAGUGCAGAGUUUCAGGAAUUCUUGAAAAGGAAUGGCAUUAAACAUGUCCGGUCCGCGCCAUUCCACCCAUCAUCCAAUGGGUUGGCUGAGCGUGUAGUUCAGUCUUUUAAGGCCGCAAUGAGACGUAUGAAUGAGGGUACUGUUGAGACAAAGUUGUCACGAUUCUUGUUCACAUAUCGCACCACGCCACAUGCCACGACAGGAAUUUCCCCAGCUCAAUUGUUGAUGAAUCGUCGACCGCAGACAAGACUUGAUUUGGUCCGUCCGGAUCUACGACGUCGAGUAACCAACAAGCAAUGUGCACAGAAGGAACAUCAUGAUAAACACGCAAAACCUCGCUCGUUUCAUGUGAACGACACCGUUUAUGUGCAUAAUUAUGCGCCGGGCCCUAGAUGGAUGGCAGGGCGUGUAGUAUCAUUGUGUGGCCAUCUUAUGUACACAGUCCGACUUGAGGAUGGUCGUGUGUGGAGGCGCCAUGUUGAUCAAAUGCGUUUUCGAUAUGUCUCAAACACACCCAGUUUGGAGCCAAAUUGGCCCAUUCCUUCAUCGGAGAGGGAGGAAAUGGUUGGUGAACAACCACUUGUACAGAUUGACAGUACACCAUCAGUGGAAGAGCCAAGUCCAAUGCCAGCAGAGCAGACUGGCUCACAGAACACAGAACCAGACAUUGAACUUCGCAGAUCCACACGCGUUCGCACCAAACCUGAACUCUAUGGAUUUCCAGAUCUGUGA